AAUUGCAAAAGCAAAUUUUGUACAAGAUAUCGUAGUGAUGUUCAACAAAUAUUCGACGUAAAAUUUUUUAAAAACAAGUAUUACUAGGAAAGUACAAAGUUAGAAUGUAGAAAAACCACAGUCCUCUAGUAUGCAGUGACUUCAGAGUUGGUUGUAGCAAACUAUUUUUUCGGGCAAAGACGUACUUAAAUCGCAAACACCAUAAUAUUUGCGUUUGCUUGUAUAGUUGAAAACUACCAGAUUAAAUUGAAUUAAGAGAAGCAGCUGAGUAAUCAUUAGGUGGUGAUAAAGGCGCUACAAUGACUUUUAUACGAGAUCCUUGCGGCAUUGUGUGCCUAGUCAUCACCUAUGGCGCUGUUAUUUAUGCAGAUUAUGUGGUUCUGCGUUGGAUUAUAUUGCAAACGAUGGAGGCUAGUAUUUGGGCACCGGUACACGUAAUACUAUUUAAUACAAUCGUUUUCCUGUUGUGUAUGUCUCACCUGAAAGCCGUGCUAUCAGAUCCUGGGCGCGUACCAUUGCCGGCAAACCGCUUAGAUUUUUCAGAUCUUCAUACAACUGGAAAAAACAACAAUGGCGGUGGCAGUGAAUGGACUGUUUGCACACGCUGCGAAACAUAUCGCCCGCCACGAGCCCAUCAUUGUCGCAUAUGCAAACGUUGUAUACGACGCAUGGAUCAUCAUUGUCCAUGGAUUAAUAACUGUGUUGGCGAACGAAAUCAAAAAUUUUUUCUACAGUUUUUAUUCUAUGUUGGCUUGCUAUCCGUUUAUUCCGUUGCAUUGGUGGGCUACAGUUUUGUAUACCCUUGCGACAACUGCAAUAUAACUACACUGGAGACACAAACAAGAUUGUUGCACAGUGUAAUUCUCUUAUUGGAAUCUGCGCUUUUUGGUCUCUUUGUCUUGGCUAUAAUGGUCGACCAAAUGCAUGCUAUAUUGCAUGAUGAAACAGCCGUGGAGGCUGUGCAGUCGAAGGGUAAAGGCAAUCAGCGUUCCAGUCGGCUUCAAUUUCGUUUGUUUGCCGAAGUUUUUGGACGCGGCCAUCCUGCUUGUUGGCUUUUGCCAUGUACAAGUUUCAAUUCGUCACCGCGUUACAAUGACACGCCGCUAUUAAUGAGUUAUGAUGUUUAAGCAAAGCGAACUAAGGGAAUUUUAUGACUGCACUGCACAAGGUAUAUAAACAAGUGCAAAAUUUUAAAAUUUGAAUUUACGUCAAUUUUUAGUUAGAAUAUCCAGGUGCUUUUGUUGUCUAAUUUUUAGUUAUUGUUAUAUGUUUAAUAUAAUUAAAUAACUGUUUUAUUUAUAAUUUAAAUUAUAAUGUUUCGACUUCCGUGCGAAAAGCCGAUUUUAAGGAUAAUAUACUAUUGUAUGUCGUAUUAAAUAGACAUCUCACAUAGUAAUAUUUAUUGUAUUUUAAUUUAAGAUAUGUAUUGUAAUUUAAACCUAUGAUUUACUCGUUUAGGUGAUAAGCGCGUCGAUUGUAAAUUUACAAAAACAAUCGCAAAAAAGCUAAGCGUAAAUGAAUAUUGUAGUUAUUAGCAUAAACAGCAAAAUGGUCUGCAUGGAAAAUCAAAACCAAUACUUCUAACAAUUGAUUGAUAUACUUGGGUAAAGUGAUUAGCAUUUAUUGGAAGAACUUUUUGUAUGUAUUUGAAAGGAGACAGUUGCAUUUAAGAAUUAAGGAUCGUAAAUAUUGAAAAAAAAAAUAUUUUAGAGAAACAUCUAUCACAAUAUCUUCUAAAAAGUCGUAAAGUAGAUCAAAGGAAACCCGAAAAUAAAUAGUAUUUAUUGAAAAUAUGCAAAGGCAA